GAAUAAUAGUCCGGCCCACCACCAAGAGCAAAGCUCCCAGGUUUCGACACAGAUCCCCGGACCGCGGGAGAUGACGGCCACUAUCACGAAGGCGAAUUCCCCCUCCAUCAACCUGCCAUUGACCUCGAGCCAGAGGCCCUCUCGGGAGACUCUACACAUCUCGUCUCACUAACGGCCGUCCCCUCUCUGCUCUUUACACAAUGGCUUCCCUCCGAUUCGCCAGCCGAGGCGCCAAGAGCCUGUGCAUGCGGCCAGCAACAUUCGCUGCCCGCCCUUUCUCGACGACCUGCCUGCGAAAGUAUGCCGCCGCUGUCGAGCCCGUCGGCACCAGACUCAUCCCCGUUGACGAGGACUUCUCAUCCGCCCAAGAUGCCUACGGCCUCUCCAAGCCCCGAAAAGCCGGUACCCGAAAGUCGCGCGAGAACUCCGUCCAGGACCGAAAGGUUCGACACUAUACCGUCAACUUUGGUCCUCAGCAUCCCGCUGCCCACGGCGUGUUGCGUUUGAUUCUCGAGCUCAAUGGUGAAGAGAUUGUCCGAGCGGACCCCCACGUCGGUCUGCUGCACCGAGGUACUGAGAAAUUGAUCGAGUACAAAACUUAUCUCCAAGCUCUGCCUUACUUUGAUCGACUUGAUUACGUCUCUAUGAUGACCAACGAGCAAUGUUUUUCCCUUGCUGUUGAGAAGCUUCUCAACGUCGAAAUCCCUGAGCGAGCCAAGUUUAUCCGAACUCUGUUUGGCGAGAUCACUCGUAUUCUUAACCAUUUGAUGUCUGUUCUCUCACACGCUAUGGAUGUUGGUGCUUUGACACCUUUCCUGUGGGGUUUCGAAGAGCGUGAGAAGCUCAUGGAAUUCUACGAGCGUGUUUCCGGCGCCCGUCUCCACGCUGCCUACGUUCGACCCGGUGGUGUUCAUCAGGACAUCCCCGUUGGCCUUCUCGACGAUAUUUACCAGUGGGCUACCCAAUUCGGCGACCGAAUCGACGAGACCGAGGAGAUGUUGACUGAUAACCGUAUCUGGAUUGAGCGAUUGAGGGGUGUUGGUGUUGUUCCCGCCACUGAGGCCCUGAACCUAUCCUUCACUGGUGUGAUGCUUCGAGGUUCUGGUGUUCCUUUCGAUGUCCGAAAGAACCAGCCAUAUGAUGCCUACGACCAGGUUGAGUUCGACGUUCCCGUUGGAACCAAUGGUGACUGCUACGAUCGAUACCUCUGCCGAAUGGAGGAGUUCCGACAGUCUCUCCGCAUUAUUCACCAGUGCCUCAACAAGAUGCCCGCAGGUCCCGUCCGUGUUGAGGAUUACAAGGUCUCUCCUCCUCCUCGAUCCGCCAUGAAGGAGAACAUGGAGGCACUUAUCCACCACUUCUUGCUUUACACUAAAGGCUACGCUGUUCCUCCUGGUGAGACCUACUCUGCCAUCGAGGCCCCUAAGGGUGAGAUGGGUGUGUACGUCGUUUCUGAUGGUAGCGAGCGACCAUACCGAUGCCACAUUCGUGCUCCUGGUUUUGCCCACUUGGGUGGCUUCGAUCACGUCUCCAAGGGUCACUUGCUGGCUGAUGCUGUCGCGGUCAUUGGUACUAUGGAUCUGGUGUUCGGUGAGGUCGAUAGGUGAAGCAUUUUCGAAAAGAAAGAAGGUUAGAAUGGGUUUCUUUUGUUUGUAAUCAUAGCUGAUAGGGAGACCACGGUAAAUACUCCCACAAACGUCGUGUGCUCGAGCGAGAAGCUAUGUAGAGGUGAUGCGUGUUCUGAAAUAGCAAUGAAUCAUCUUAUUUCCAUUAUUCUUGGGUGUGAUAGGUACAGUUCUAGUGUUACAGACAAAAGCAAAUGCUUUGAGGGCUGGAGGGUUUAUCUGGCCUGUCUGGCCAGAAGUCUACAAAAGCUUAGUACCAGUCCCAGAAGCCUGCUCCAUAAAGAAAUUCUUCAGGGGGCCGAGAGCAUUGACAGCCCGAAGACCAACUGAACGAAGCGGCACAAGAGGACCACUCUCGGCAGAGUAGAGUUUAUGAAGCUUAUCACAAACGUUAAUAAUGACAUGGUUGGCGGCAUAGCGCUCGUUGUUGUAUGGUUCGAGAGACAGCUGAGUGCCAAGGUCCUGACCAUGGGAGACAGCAUACUCAAUCGUUUUGGCUAGGCUCUGGACAUCCCCUUGACCCUGGUUCAAGCCUUGACCAGCCAAGGGGUGAAUAGUGUGCGCCGCAUCGCCGACAAGUGCGACGCGUUCGCCAGUGUAUGUGUCGGCAUGACGCAUCUUCAGAGGGAAAGAAGCGAUGCUCCCCUCCUGAAC